AUGGAGUAUACUGCGUUGGGCACCGUGCAGGCCGCGGACAGCGGAGGGGCCCUGCCAUACAACAGCUCGGAGGAGCGAGAAGGCCGGGAACCGGACGGACUGCGCUUCGACCGCGAGAGGGCGCGCCGCCUGUGGGAAGCAGUGUCCGGGGCCCAACCAGUGGGGAGGGAGGAAGUGGAGCACAUGAUCCAGAAGAACCAGUGUCUCUUUACCAAUACUCAGUGUAAGGUUUGCUGCGCCUUGCUAAUUUCUGAGUCCCAGAAGCUGGCACACUACCAGAGCAAAAAACAUGCCAACAAAGUGAAGAGAUACCUAGCAAUCCAUGGAAUGGAGACAUUAAAGGGGGAAACGAAGAAGCUAGACUCAGAUCAGAAGAACAGCAGAAGCAAAGACAAGAACCAGUGCUGCCCCAUCUGUAACAUGACCUUUUCCUCCCCUGUCGUGGCCCAGUCGCACUACCUGGGGAAGACCCACGCAAAGAACUUAAAGCUGAAGCAGCAAUCCACUAAGGUGGAAGCUCUGUCGAAACGCCUUACAAACCCUUUCCUUGUGGCCUCCACCUUAGCCUUGCACCAGAAUAGAGAAAUGAUAGACCCAGACAAGUUCUGCAGCCUCUGCCAUGCGACUUUCAACGACCCUGUCAUGGCUCAACAACAUUAUGUGGGCAAGAAACACAGGAAACAGGAAACCAAGCUCAAACUCAUGGCACACUAUGGGCGGCUGGCCGACCCUGCUGUCACUGACUCAUCAGCUGGGAAGGGUUACCCCUGCAAGACGUGUAAGAUAGUGCUGAACUCCAUAGAACAGUAUCAAGCUCAUGUCAGCGGCUUCAAACACAAGAACCAGUCACCAAAAACAAUGGCAUCACCCCUGGGCCAGAUUCCAAUGCAAAGGCAGCCCAUUCAGAAAGACUCAGCCACCUUGGAAGACUAG